GGCAGGCAAAAGUCAAUGUUAACGGGUUGUUGUCAACCUUAAAAGGCGUCUCCGUAGGAAAAGCCACCGUUCCAAUAGACAAAGGAAACAAGAGAAAAACAAAACAGAAGUAACAAAAUUCUAAAUAGCAGUCAUGAACAUAUUCAGGUUAGCAGGGGAUAUGACCCAUCUCCUCAGCAUUGUGGUGCUUCUGCUCAAGAUCCGUACCAUGAAAUCUUGUGCAGGAAUUUCACUUAAGACUCAGGAAUUGUAUGUUAUAGUCUUUCUUACUCGGUACCUUGAUUUGUUCACAAGGUAUGUAUCUUUCUACAACACUGUAAUGAAGCUAGUUUUCAUUGGAACUUCAAUUUGCAUUGUUUGGUACAUGCGCUACCAUAAAGUUGUGAAGCAGACCUACAGCAAGGAUCAGGAUACUUUUAGACAUUACUUUCUGAUUCCCCCAUGUUUUCUGUUGGCCCUUCUGAUUCACCCUGCUUUUAAUGUAAUGGAGGUGUUGUGGACGUUCUCCGUCUAUCUUGAAGCAGUAGCAAUCUUACCUCAAUUAGUAGUACUGCAAAGGUCAAGGAAUGUUGAUAACUUAACUGGAAACUACAUUUUUCUUCUUGGUGCUUAUCGAGCCUUAUAUCUCAUUAAUUGGGUUUAUCGGUUCUUCACCGAGAAUUACAAAUUCCACUGGAUACCUUGGCUUUCAGGCUUGGUCCAGACUGCUCUUUAUGCUGACUUCUUUUACUACUACAUCAAGAGCUGGAGGAACCGUGAGAAGCUAAAGCUUCCUGCUUGAGUUAAAGCUUUUCUCAUACUAACAGAGGAACCAAGACUAAUGCAAUGGUGGAGUCUUAGGUAACUGAUCCACCUUCAGUUCUCGUUACACACAAAUUUUAUUGUAUCAUCCAAAUGGUAGAAGAAGGCUAGUCUUUUCUAAUUCUUUCUUCCUUCAACGAGCUGUUAGCAUUAGUAAGCUAUCUGGUGCUUUAUCUUUAAAUGUUUGAGUUUCUCAAUUAUCAUUUCAUACGAAUUUAAAUGCCAUGAAAAAUUAUGAUUUUACAUUUUCAUAGAAUGGAUGACAAGAAUGUCAUAGAAAAUCAAUGAUAGUGUUUCAAGUUCUUCAUGUUUCUUUAUGGUUUUGAAUUGUGUAGCUUGUCUAAUAAACUACCCUCCAUGUACCCAAAAAAAAUAAAAAUAAAAAACUACCCUCCAUGGUAGAAGUAAAUUUGAUUUUUGAGGGGUCAAGAACAUAGCAUUUUGAAAAUUGCCUUCUUUGGCAAAGCCAAAAUAAAAGCUUUGAAUUUUAAGGCAUGCAUGUUUGGUUUGCUCUUGGCCACUUACCAUCCAGUGCUUUGAAUUUUGUCACUAUCUUGGCCCAAACCGCGCCAGACCAAAGUAUAGGCAACAAACUUUUGGUGAGCAACAAGCCAAGGGUCCAGGAUGAGUGUCAAGGUCUUUCUUUUUCUUCUAUUUUUUUGGUUGUGAAGAUAGGAGGCAGAUUGGUUGCUUUAACCCUUAAUAUUAGGGUAAGGAUGUUGGGAGUUUCAGUUCUUUCAAUGG